AUGCUGCCCAGCCAUGAGCUGGGCUUCUAUGCUCUCGUUGUGACCUGUGCCGUGCUGUACAGUGGCAGCGGUAUCUUUGAGGCAUCCAGAGACAGCAUGAACAGAAAAGCCUUUCGGGAUGGCAUCAAGCCAGGCUGGCACUACUUUGGCAGGAAAAUGGACGUAGCCGACUUCGAGUGGAUGAUGUGGUUCACCUCCUUCAGGAACGUCAUCAUCUUCACCCUCUCAGGACACGUCCUCUUUGCCAAGGUGUGCUCCAUGACAGUGCCACAGCACCGGGCCGUGGUAUAUAUGCUGUAUGGGAUGCUGGCUGUGCUGGGCAGCAUGGGGCUCGCCUACCUGAUGAUCAUCCUUUCCCACUGCCUCAUCCUCUACUCCGUGGCGCUGGCCAAGCAGAAGUGGCUCUGCUAUGUGGCUGGGCUCUGCUGCCUCGCCUCUAUCAAGCUGGAGCCCUUCAGCUCCUGGCAGAGCGGGUUUGUAACAGGAGCUUUUGAUCUUCAAGAUGUCCUUUUCUAUGGAGGAAGUGGCUUCACCAUCAUGCGCUGCAUGAGCUUCGCGCUCGAGAGCUCCGAGAGGAAGGAGGGCAUUUUCUCCAUCUUCGACCUCCUCAAGUACAACUUCUACCUUCCCUUCUUCUUCUUCGGGCCUGUCAUGACGUUUGACCAGUUUCACACCCAGGUGAGCACCCGAGAUCUGCAUCGCAAAGAUGAUGAGAUGAGGAACAUUCGGGUCCAUGCCCUCCUCCAUGUGGGGGCCAUCAUUGCUGUGGACAUCUUCUUCCACUUCUUCUACAUCCUCACCCUCCCCUCCGACCUGAAGUUCGUGAACCGCCUCUCAGACUGGGCCUUGGCCGGCUUGGCCUACUCCAAUUUGGUGUACGACUGGGUCAAAGCUGCUGUCAUGUUUGGGGUCAUCAACACCAUUGCCAGACUGGACCACUUGGACCCACCCCAGCCCCCAAAAUGCAUCACCAUGCUCUACGUCUUUGCAGAAACGCAUUUUGACAGAGGGAUCAACGACUGGCUGUGCAAGUAUGUGUACGACCACAUUGGAGAGAACCACGACAACGUCAUAAAGGAGCUCAUGGCCACCAUUGCCACGUUUGCUGUCACCACUCUGUGGUUGGGACCCUGUGAGAUUGUUUUCAUCUGGUCUGUCUUCAAUUGCUUUGGCCUCAACUUUGAGCUCUGGGUGCAGAAAUUCUUCCAGUGGGAGCCCCUCUCCAAACUGGAGGCCAAAAUGUCAGCGGCCACAUCUCGGCGGAUUAGGGCUGUUUUUGGGGCAGCAAAUUUCUGGGCCAUCGUCCUCUACAACAUCCUAGCCCUCAACAGUCUGGAGUUUGCACUGCUGGUCACCAAGAGACUCCUCGUGACAGGUUUCCCUGUCAGCACCUUGUCCAUCUGGUUCAUCACAUACUGUGGAGUGCAGCUGAUCAAAGAGCGUGAACGCAUCCUGGCCGUGGAAGAGGAGAAGAGGGACAAACCCAAGGCAGAGUAGAGGAAGAUAGCAGUGCGCUUGCCCCAGAGCCUGGACUCCCUUCUGACUGUCUCUACCAGGCCAGCCGCUGUCGGGGGCUCUCCAAGCACUCCUGGCAAUCAGACUGCUGUAACUCACCUAUAGAGAAGUCAUCUGGAAGGCAGAUGCCACCCCUUUGCUGCAGGGAUCUCCUGUGGCACAGCAGGCAUUUUGCACGCUCCCCACACGUGGCGGACCACUGAGAUAGGCUCCUGAGACACAUCUUUAAGGCUCCAUCCUUUUUCUGACCCUUUGGCACCGCGCAGGCUUAGAGAUUUCACCCUCUGCUCCCCAAAACACCCGAUCCUCCAGCAUCUGGCUCUCCCACGGGACCUGCAGCCCAGGUCUCCCAUCUCUAGGUCGCUUCCGGCCAAAGCAUCACAUUUUUCUUUUGCUACAAGAAAUGGUCAUCAUAUACCGUAAAUGGUUCAACAUCUGGGGCUGUGCAUUAGGGACUGUGAAAUGGCUCAGCACAAUGGAUGCCUACCAAGAGGCUAAUAAAUAAAUAGAACAGUCUUUUAUAGCAAAGGGAAAGAGGUUCAGGAACUGCAGAAGGGAAGAGUAAUUGUCUUCCCGCUGCCGUCAGCGGUGCAGACUGAUGUCUGUUAGUAUCUCAAAACAGGUCCCUUCAGUCCUAAACAUCUUGAGAAAUGAUUUAGUGCCAGCUUCAGGUGUAGUCAGUGGCAACGCAGGGGGCAUGCCUGCUUCACAGCCAGAGCACAUCACGUGCUGCUCAUCUGCAGGGUGGGCAUGUGGAAGGAAAAGCACAGCUCACAAAGCUCAGCCCAGACCCAGCUCAGCCCCAAAGGGCCCUUUGCAACCACCCCAAUGUGACACAUGCCCUGGGACUCGAACCAAGUACCACUCAGUUUUUUUUGCAUGACAUGGACAAAAGUUGAAGCUCACAUUCCUGUCCAUGGCCAAGGGCUCAGUAGUCAAUUCUUGCCCAUCUCCAGCCUCCCAGCCUGACUUUGAUGCACACAGCCUAAGCCUGUGCUACACGAGCACACACACAUACAUACAACCAAAGGAGAAAGGCACCAAAUAAAGGGCAGCACUUCGGGGCUGGGUGGUGGAGGGGAAGUGUCUGAUAGCCUCCUUGGAGAGGUGGGCUUUGAGGCACUAUAUGGGAAGUGCACUGAAUAAAUGACCCCACGGUGCCUUGGGGAGGAGCUGGGUCUGUCACUGGAAAUAGAUCCAGCUCUCUUGCACUUUACAGCAGCUUUCAGAGGCCUUAUGUGUGAAUGGUGUCAGUGUGUGGUGAGGGUAGAAUGUGGACCACUUUGCAACAUGGGUUGAGAUGCUUGGUGCUGCUGUGUUCUGGCUUCUCUGCGGAUGAAGC